AUGUCCGAGAUGACCAGCAUCCCCCCUCCAGCCGGUCUGCAAGACAUCGACACUGACCAGCUCAAAAAGCUCCUGAGGCCGAUCAGAUCAACCUCCGAAAACAGCAGGGCACACUUUCAGAAUUGGUCUGGUGAAUUCAAGGCGAAUCCGUUGGCGAUCUUCAAGCCGGUGGAUGAGCAUCAAAUCAAAUUAAUCUUGGAGCUUUGUCGGAGGGAAUCGAGGACGAUUCGUUGCUUUGGCUCUGGUCAUAGUCCUAGUGAUCUGGCUUGUUCUGAUGACUAUAUGAUGAACUUGGAUUGGAUGAGUGGCUUAAUUGAGGUGGAUCAAAGUACGAAAACCAUCGAGGCGUGGGCUGGCACUCGUUUAAAAGAUUUCAUUCGACUCUCGCAUCAACACAAUCUGAGCUUAUCAGUGCUUGGCUCGAUCUCGGAGCAAUCGAUCGGUGGAGCUAUCUCAACAGCGAUCCAUGGCUGUGGCUACGACUACGGAUGUUUCUCAACCUAUGUCGAGUCCUUGACUUUGAUUCUUGCUGAUUCAAGCCAAGUCACUGUGAAUGAAUCAGAAGGAAAAGAGCUCUUUCAAGCCACUCUGUGCGGCUUAGGACUCACUGGAGUGAUCACUAGAGUCAAGCUCCGAUGUGAAGACUCAUUUAACCUCGAGGAGACAACCUAUGCGAUCCCGUUCGAUAUAUUUGUAAAUAACUACGAUCGGAUUGCUAGAAGCGCUGAACAUGUGAGAAUGUAUUGGUAUCCGCAAGUUGAUCAAGUGAAGGUAGAAAAAUUGAAUCGGACGACAAAACCAAGGGACCAAGACACUUGGAGAACGCUUCUACGUGACAAGCUCAUGGGAUGCUUUCAGUGGUAUAUCCAGCCGGCGAUCCUUCUACUUACGAGGUACCUACCGGACAUCACCGAUUCUUACAUGACAGCAUGCUAUCACUUGCUAAAUCAACCGACCGUAUCGAUCGAAGAAACCGAAGCCGGAGCGAUUGACAUGGACACUCUAGACGAGUUGAUCAAACUUGAAACGCUUAAACGAUCACCAAAACCUCGGAUCAACACUAGCGCGAGCGUGUUUAACUUCGAUUGUGGACCACCCCAUCAUACCUAUGAAGGUGCGAUUCCUUACGAGCUCACGGCAGAGGCAUUAAGAGAAUUCCGCUCGUUCUUACUUGCGGAAAGUCGAAAGGUUGGAGGUGGACUUAAGAUGCAUUUCCCAAUGGAAAUCCGACCAGUGGCCGCUGAUGGAAUUUGGUUAUCUCCUUCUUGCGGCCAAAGAGUUACUUAUCUUGGUAUCGUACAAUUCAAAGCAUUUGGGAUGGAGAUCAAUGGGCAGUACAAAAAUCUAUUCAAGGCAUUCGAGAAGAUUUUACAAACCAACUAUUACCUACGACCUCACUGGGCGAAAAAACAUUCACAAACGUUCAAGAGUUUGGAAAAGUUGUAUGGAUCAAGCAAUAACAACUUCCAACGGUUUUUGGAUGUAAGGAAUCAAGUAGAUCCCCACUUUAGGUUUCUGAAUCAUUACGUUUUUAGACAUUUUGUCAAAAAUAAUCAUCAGAUCGGUGACGCUGAAUGUGACGAGGACCAAGCAGAAUGA